UCAACUUGACUUUUGGCCCAAUAAAAGGAAGCCUCCUUGGGUUUAUUAAGAACAAAAUGUCAAGUUUCUAUACUUCCCGAGGUCAAGUGGAACUAUUCACGAUCAGUACUUGAAUAGUUAACGAGUUUACUUGCAAAUAUCAUCUGCUUCUCUCCAUGAGUUGAUGUUAAGUUGAUCAAGUUAAAAUGUUGGUUUCAUAUUUCUUAAAGAAGAAUUUCUUGUACUUAAGCAGCAUUUCCUUCGAAUGAAAACAUUGUUCUCUGGUUGAAAAAUGGCUCUUAUGAGAGAAAACCAAACUCUUUGGAGAGAGUGUAGAUAAUAGAAAAAAAUUUUCAUACUGUGUUUGAAGGAGCUAUAAAAGAGACAUUCAAACUGCUUCAAGUGGUGACUAUCUUUAAGAACUUCAUUUUUCUACGUGCCUUGGGAACUUUACCAAACUAAUAUGACGGUUUCGUUAUCCCAUACUGGAUCAUAGAGCUAAGUAGCUUUGCACUUCUUUUUAUCAGGUCGCUCCAGUUUGAAUUGAAACCAACGAUUCGUCACCAAUUCAACAGUGACAAUCCUAUUACAUCUAUUCACUUAGACAUACUAUUUUUAGCAUCGUUUCAUCGAGGGAUUCAACACGUGGCUCCAUGUUUCCCUGUACUCUCAUUCCACCUUCUUGUCGUCAUUGGCGUUCACCUGAGAAAAAAUUCUAAAGUCUAAAAGACAAGGGACAAAUCAUUGCCUUUAAAAGAUGCAGAGCUUUUCAAAAUCCUUACUUUCAAAGACAUGACGAAGUGGUCAAAAGAGCUCUUCUCUAUUUUCCUCCUCAUAAGUAUAUGGAAUGGCGUCACUCUAGCUUUUCAAAAGUUUCCACAUACUCCUGCUGCUACUCGUCUCCCUUUAGUAGUAGUUACCAAUAGCACUAACCCAUCAGAAGGAGACUUUGGACCAUUUACCUUCAAUACAAGUACCUACGGUAUUCAAGAAGCUAUCGAUUUUGUGUUUCACAAUGGAGGAGGAAGGAUAAUAUUAAAGAAUGGAAUAUACAAACUGAAUGGUUCCACCAACCUCUUGCCAUUGGAUAGCAGUAGUACAGAUCGUGCUGCAUUGAUUCGAAUACCAUAUCCAAAGAGUGACUUCCAAUAUGUACCACUGACCAUUGAAGGAGAGGGUAAUGUCUGGAACUAUCAAGAAGGCAACUUGGGAACCACAAAACCUCCAACUGAUGGUGUCAUCAUUCAAGUUGUAGGGAAUAAUACCUCAGUGAAGAAACCUGCUGUUAUUGGAAUUCAGAUGCCUCCUUAUGGUGGCAGCACCUAUGGCUUUCGAAAUCAGGUUAUUCUAUCUUUGGGAUAUAUCACUGUCCGUGUACCUGCAAAUUCUUACUGGGGUGCAUACGACCUUUAUUAUGGCACAAGUGUGGAUGUUCAUCAUGCUGCUGCAGAUAUGGAUGCUCCUACCGCUGACAUACCGGAGCCACUGUUCCCUUCGAUGAUUGCUUUGCAACUCCCGGAGGUUGGAAGUUAUGGUCCAUCUAUUGUUAAUGGUUUCUUUGCGGUUGGUUAUUACGGAGGAAUCUUAACGAGCAGCCACGCUUCCUUAAGAGCAAUUUUCAUCCAGUCUUGCAAAAACGGUUUCUUGACGGAGACAAAUGCCAAUCACCAAAACUAUAUCGCAGAUCUUCUUAUCCAAUGGUGUCCGAUCGGUAUUAAUAUGAGUCACGUCCAGUAUUAUUAUAUAGCAAGUUAUGACGCUGAACAGACUGUCACUUCACCUGCACAAAAGUCCUGGCAAAAGCAUAUUAACGAUAUUGAGUUUUCCGCUCCAGGUUCUGUAGUCAUCGGCCACGCCCACGCUGUUGGUUCCCCAGGAAAACUGACUACGAACAAUAGUACACUCCUCAAUAUUAUUUCGUCUUCUUAGUUUUAUAAUCUGUUUGUCUUUUUUCCAUAAAGUUCAUGUUGGUUCCUCCAUAAAGAAGAUUCAAAAAAA